AUGAAAAAGUCCAGCUCCAACAUCGUCGUCCUCUACUGGCACCGGACAGAUCUCCGACUCCAUGACUCGCCCGCGCUAGACGCUGCUCUAGCCUUGAAGCCCUCUAUCUUCAUUCCAGUUUGGACCUGGGAUCCGCACUAUGUCUAUCGGGCACGCGUCGGGCCCAACAGGUGGAAAUUCCUCAUGGAAUGCCAGUCCGAUCUGUCCCGAUCAUACAGCAAGCUGAACUCUAAGCAGAAGCUGUGGGUUGUGCGUGAAGCUCCGCAGACUGUUCUGCCCAAGCUGUGGAAAAAAUGGGGAAUUACGCAUUUGGUCUUCGAGCGAGAUACGGAUGCGUACGCACGCGAGCGCGAUGUCGCGGUCAUUCAGAUGGCGGAGAAGGCUGGGGUGGAGGUGGUGACGAGGAUGGGGAGGACGCUUUUUGACUCGGAUGAGUUGGUGAGUAAGAAUGGGGGCAAACCUACUAUGAGUAUGAGCCAGUUGGAGAAGGCUGCGGAGAAGAUCAAUGGCGGUAGACCGGCUCGACCGGUGGAAACGCCCAAGAGCGUUCCUGAUCCGUGGGAGGAGGCGAAGAUGAAUUUGAGCGAUCUUGACCAUGAGAUGGCGGAUUCGAACCCGGAUCUGAACGCCGAAUAUCGUGAGAAGGAAGAUCGGCAGUACGUCGAGCUCAUGGGACCGGGCAAGGACUUUGGCGUGCCGACGCUGGAGGAAAUCGGGAUUGAUCCUUCGAAGGCACGAGCUCCUCAUCGAGGCGGAGAAUCGGCAGCCUUGAAAGAACUCUCUAAGUUUAUUGCUGAUGACGAAUACAUCGGCACCUUUGAGAAGCCCAAGACUUCACCGGCUGCCUUUGAGCCACAGGCAACCACGCUUCUCUCCCCUCAUCUCCAUUUCGGCUCCCUGUCUGUCCGAAAGUUCUGGUGGGAUGUGCAAGACGUGUUUGAGAAGCGGAAGAAGGCGAAAAAGUCCAAUGCCGCACCUCCAGCCAAUUUGCCCGGUCAGCUUCUCUUCCGCGAUAUGUACUUUGCAGCACAAGCAGCUGUAGGAGGACCCUUUGCAAGAGUUGAAGGAAAUCCACUCGUUCGCUUCGUCGACUGGCACCUGCAAUCGAAACCCCUUCAAGCGGAGAAGACGCAAGAGAAAGGGACCCAGAAGGGCGAUGAAAAGGUCCUGCCCGCUCGAGACUACGACGUUGACUCGUCCGACGCGGAAGAAUGGUUCCAACGAUGGAAGACAGGUCGAACGGGCUUUCCCUGGAUAGAUGCGCUCAUGCGCCAGCUCAUCACUGAAGGAUGGAUUCACCAUCUCGGCCGCCACAGCGUUGCAUGCUUUUUGACCCGUGGCGGAUGCUAUAUUAGUUGGGAGCGCGGCGCAGAAGUCUUUGAGGAAUAUCUGAUCGACCACGAAACCGCCUCCAACGCCGGAAACUGGAUGUGGCUCUCCUGCACCGCAUUCUUCGCCCAAUUCUACAGGUGCUACUCGCCCAUUGCCUUUGGCAAGAAAUGGGAUCCCAACGGCGACUUCAUCCGUCACUACGUCCCCGAAUUAGCCAAAUUCGACAAGAAAUACAUCUAUGAGCCGUGGAAAGCGCCCAUCGCCGACCAGAAGAAAUGGGGAUGUAGAGUCACCAAUGACGAGAAGGAAGUCUCGAAUGGGAAGAGUUACCCGAAGCCGAUGUUUGAUUUUGAUGAGCGGAGGCAAUUUUGUCUGGAUAAGAUGAAGAAUGCGUAUGAUGUGGGAUUGUAUGGGAAUGAUGAGAGAGUGUCGAAUGGCGGGUGGAAGGAGUUGUUUGGGGAGGAUGGGGAGGAUUGGAAGGGGCCUGAGAAGAAGAAGAGGAAGACUUCUACCUAA